AUGACCGUGCCUAACAUCAGCAAACUCAGUUUCUAUGUUCUACUCUUGUCGGUUGCCUUCGCACAGAUCUUAGCGGUCAGUGCUGCAGAGAACAACCUGGAGUCUGAUAAUAUGGAUGGUAUAGUUAAUGGCACAUCUCGCAAAUCUCUCCAGAGCUCAGAAAAAUACCUGGAGGCAACUGUUGAAGAUAUUUCUGACUCCGAGGAUGCAGAUUACACUCCUCCAAAUCUUGAUGAUCAUGAUGACAUGGAAUCUGAGGGCUCAGAAGUGAGUGAAGAUGAAGAAGCUGAUAUCAAGGAUGAUGCAGUAUUGCUCACCUUCAUCAAUGUAUUAUCGAUGGCUCAGGAGGCAGCCACAGAAGCAGAGAGGGCAAAAGCAAAGGCAAGCAAACAGCCAAAAACUUACACUGGCAACUCUGCACGCAGCCAUCGACGAUUUUCUGCAAAACGGAAGAAAAUUGCAAGUGAGGGCCAUCAAUCAUUUAUUAGCAGCUGGCUUCAAGUUGUUGCACAGAAGACAAACCUCCAAGUCAGUCAGACUGUGUCCGAGUCUGAGUCAGUGGGGGCAACAGCUUCUGUUGAGUCUGUGUCUGUAAUGGACUCUAUGAAUGGUGCAAUAAAUCUGCGAGAAGAGGAAGAGGAAUCAGACUUGAGUGAACCCAGCAAGUCAGAGGGGGAAUUCCUACCGAAAGCAGUCACUGUCAAGCAGCCAAAACAAAUUGAGGAGAUGCUACAAGAUCUCCGGAAUGGACAGUGCCCCCAUGAUAAUGAUCAAGAGACACUCACGGACAUUACACUCAAUGCUCUGAGUUACCAGGACUUUCCCGCACUGCGACAUGUGCGGGCAAAACUGAUAGUCCAAGCCAAAAAUAAACAGCUUGAUGUGAUUUUCUGGGCCUGCAUUUCUGCCAUGACAGGUGCCCUCAACCUGUAUCUUGAUCCUGAACUGUCAUAUUCAUGGUGUGAGGCUUCAUUACUGGUCACAAAAUCUCAUGGCAAGGGAUCAAGCCAUGCCCGCAAUAUACGCACUUGGAUUCAUCAUUUUCUCCAUCACAAAAAACUCCCUCUUCAUCAUUAUGGCCGUUAUUCAAACUCCAUUCUUGAGGACGAAGAUUUUGCUCAAGACAUUCAGCUUCAUCUUAUGGAGGUUGCAAAGCAUGGCUACAUAUGCGCACAAGAUAUUGUCGACUAUAUCACAAGACCAGAAGUCCAGGGAAGGCUUGGUUCAAAGAAGACCGGAAUCUCACUGGCCACUGCACAAAGAUGGAUGCACAAGUUGGAUUGGCGAUACGGGAAGAAACAGAAUGGGAUGUAUAUUGAUGGUCAUGAGCAGGAGGAUGUAGUGAAGUACCGCAAGGAAUUUUUGCAGCGCUGGAAAGAAUAUGAGAAGCGCAUGGUAAUGUACGAUAAUGAUGGCAAUGUCCUCACAAGUCCAUCUGGAUUCCCUGUUGCUCAAGGGUCUUGUUUCCGCCUCAUUCUUGUCACCCACAACGAGUCAACAUUCUAUGCUAACGAUCAAUGGAAAAACCGCUGGAAUCAUUCUAGUGAUAAGGCAACACCAGAACAGAAGGGCGAGGGGCCAUCCUUGAUGAUUUCAGAUAUGGUGACACUCGACUUGGGAAGGUUGAAGGAUGACGAGGAGGAGGCUCGCACUAUCUUCAAAGCUGGCAAAAAUUGA